CUUUUUCUCUCUCGUCCUUGUUCUCUCCCGGCAGCAUUCUGUGUCCCAUCUUUGCAAAAAGAAUACUGUAUAAGGGUGGUUUUUUUGUUUUUUGUUUAUCCUCUUGGAAAUGAGCUGCUGUUUGUUCCUGCUUGAGAAAUUAGACAUCUCUGAUUUUGUGAUGGGUACUAUUUAGGAGGGAUUUGAUUGUGGGAAAUUUUGCUGCUCAGGAAGAAGCAGUCAGAAAUGCAGCAGAAUCCCAAGACCGGCUCCGAAUGCACUUGGGUUUUCUUUGGCUGGUUGCUGAGCGAUUUCUCUACAGAUGGAUGUAUGUGUUAAUACCACACCUCUAAUAUUUGGAAUAUGAAAGAAAUGUGACUCCAAUAUAUGAAAUGGGAAGUAAGUCUGGAUUUUCAAACUCUGUUUCUCAGCCAGAACAUCCAUUCUUCCAGCUUUCCUGCAGCCACAACCACCAAAUUACCACAUUUAAACAUCCAGUGACUGGCCAGGUUUCCCCAGAAAACUUGGAGUUCAUUUUACAAGAGGAGCAUAAUUCACAUAUGUCCAAACAUCAGAUAAACCAAAGACCUUCAAGUAUGGUCAGUGAAACAUCUACUGCAGUAACUACAUCCACUACAGAUACAAAACUUGGAUCCAAGUUAGGAAAAUCUAGCAAUAAGGUUCAUAGCUUUGGGAAAAGGGAUCAAGCUAUAAAGAGAAACCCUAAUAUUCCUGUUGUGGUCAGAGGCUGGCUUCACAAACAAGAUAGCUCUGGGAUGAGAUUAUGGAAAAGAAGGUGGUUUGUGCUGGCAGAUUACUGUUUAUUUUAUUACAAAGACAGCAGAGAAGAAUCUGUUCUUGGAAGUAUACCAUUACCUAGUUAUGUAAUUUCAUCUGUGGGACCUGAAGAGCAUAUAAAUCGCAAAUAUUCCUUUAAGGCUGUCCAUACAGGCAUGAGGGCUUAUAUUUAUAAUAAGAGUUCUGUUAUUGGCUCUCAGGCAGAACAUUCAGGGAUGCGCACAUACUACUUUAGUGCAGAUACUCAAGAAGAUAUGAAUGACUGGAUCCAUGCAAUGAAUCAAGCUGCUCUUAUGCAAAGCCAUUUUUCACCAAAGAGAGGAACUGAAAAAACAGAUCAGCAUGCUGUCCCUCAAGCUAAUCAUAUUGAUGUCUACAAAGAAGUUCCAAAAUUAGAACCUGCUGAGGCAAAAAGAGGCUACAGAAAAUCACCCGAAAUGUCCGCAUAUGGCAAACAUGAAGAAAUGAAAAAAGUAAGAGAUGAUGAACAUUACACUGCAAGGAAGAAUGCUGUGGAUUCCAAAUGGGAGAAACCUAAACAUGUAAUAGAACCUGGUAGAACACUGAAUCCUGCCUCAAGUAUCUCUCGGCCUCAAGCGACUCAGACCCUUGAGAAGAAUGGAAUGCCUCCAAGUUCAUUAAAUACAGGUCCAGUAGAGCAGAAUGGUAUCAGUGUCUAUAAAAGAAGCUUUAUUCCCAGAUCAACACAAAAUAAAGAGACACAAAGGAAAAGUAAUAUGACUCACAUAGAACAUUGGGUAAAAGUCCAGAAAGGAGACACAAAAAGUCUUGCAUCUGACCAGACUCUUACUCGCCAAGUACCAAGCCAUUCUGUAUCCUUUCCUGAAAAUUACCAUACUUUGCCAAAGAAUGCUAGGCAACCUUCUGGAAGCUCCCCUCCCUCAAACCGUGAUUUGCCAAGUGACUACAAAUAUGCUCAAGAUCGAGUAAGCCACCUGAAGAUGUCCCAUGAUGAGAGAAAAGCUAACAAAGAUGGUACCGUUUGGCAGCUAUAUGAAUGGCAACAAAGAAAGCAGUUUAAACAUGGGAGCCCAACUGCACCUGUUUAUAUUAGUUCUCCAGACUUUACAGAUAGUAGUAAGGGAAGAAGUUCAUUAGAAGUUCCACGUUCAGUUUCAGUUCCCCCUUCCCCAUCUGACAUACCUCCACCAGGACCCCCCAAAGUUUUUAUAUCACGAAGACCACACACUCCUGCAGAAAGGGUUACUGUCAAACCAUCUGAGGAGAGACAAACAAUAGACGUUCCUUUUGUUGGCUCACCAAGGAAGAUUCGAAACCACACUGUAAAAAACUCUCUACACAUAGAUAGACGUUCCAUGCCUACAAUGGGAUAUAUGACCCAUACUGUAAGUGCUCCAAGUUUGCAUGGGAAAUCGGCUGAUGAUACCUACGUCCAGCUGAAGAAAGACCUUGAAUAUUUGGAUCUGAAGAUGACAGGACAUGAUACAAUCAAAGAGCGACAUGCAAAACCGAUCAAAAUUGGAGAAAGUAAUAUUGAUGUAAAGCUGAGUGUCUUCUGUGAGCAAGACAGGAUUCUGCAAGACCUAGAAGACAAAAUAAGAGCCCUUAAAGAAAAUAAAGAUCAGCUGGAAUCUGUCUUGGAAGUGUUACAUAGACAGAUGGAACAAUACAAAGACCAACCACAGCACACAGAAAAAAUUUCAUAUCAGCAGAAACUUUUACAAGAAGAUCUCAUAUGUAUUCGGGCUGAAAUAUCCAAAGUAUCUACAGAAAUGGAAAAUGCCUGGAAUGAAUAUCUGAAAUUGGAAAAAGAUGUGAACCAGCUGAAGCAAACUCUGCAAGGACAGAUGAAUAAAUCAUGUUUUUCUCAGGAGAAAUCUCAAAUGCAAAAAGAUUUGUGGAGAAUUGAAGAUGUUACAGCUGGCCUAAGUGCAAAUAAAUCCAACUAUAGAGUCAUCAUUGAAUCUAUCAAGAAUCCAGAAAGAAAAACAGUGCCUUCAUUUUCAAAGCCUCUAGUGCCUUCAUCAUCAUCUACUCUCAUGUCAACAGACAGUAAAAUUUCUACUCAGCAAAGUCCACCAACUAGUCCUAUCAAGCCCUCGUUGGAAGUCAGACUUUUUCCUCAGCCUUAUACACAGCCUAGAAUGUUUUCUCCAUCCCAACAAGUGAAAAAAGUUGAACCUCCAAUCCAGUCAUCAGUGAAAUUAAAACCAAAGGAAGAUGAAGCACCACCAAGACCUCCUCUCCCACAGUUGUAUAGCACUGAUGAUAACCCACCAGCUGUUCCACCUCUUCCUAAAGAAGCUACAGUAAUAAGGCACACAUCGGUGCGUGGACUCAAACGUCAGUCUGAUGAAAGAAAACGAGACCGUGAACUUGGACAGUAUAUAAAUGGAGAUUACAGGGUAGAACUCCGCUCAUAUGUGAGCGAACCUGAAUUGGUAACAAUAGGCAGUGAUCUGAGCCAACCUUCCAUUGGUUUUCGUGGCACUGACAGUAGAUAUCAAACAUUACCUACCAGAGGAUUAUCUGGUUCAACUUCUAGACUCCAUCAGUCAUCAACAGUUUCAUCAUACUCAACGCUUCGAAGGGAUGCUUCCAAGGAGAGACCAAAGAGUGCCUUGGAACGUUUAUACUCUGGAGAUCCUCAAAGAGGAAAAAUGAGCGCCGAAGAACAACUAGAAAGAAUGAAGCGAUAUCAAAAGGCAAUAGUUCGUGAACGCAAAAGAACUCUUGGUCAAGGAGAAAGACAAUCUGUUUCAUCACGACCAUUCAUCCAGCCUGGUUCAGCAGACAUUGGCUCAUGGAAGCGGGAGCAAGAAUUUGACUUGCAGUUACUGGAAAGAGCAAUAUGUACAGAACAAAAAAUGGGAGAUAACUGGUUAAAAAUCGACCCUGUGGCGGUAACAGAGACAGAUCUAGAGCACGAAGAUUAUAACUUGGAUAUUAGCAAAGAGUUGUCAAAGCCAGACAAGGUUGCAAUUCCAGAACGGUACAUUGAGAUAGAUCCUGAAGACCCCCUCACUCCUGAAGAAUUGGAAGCAAGACAUCGUAAGGCAGAAAAAAUUAGGCAUAUUCUUACCAGAUCAAGUGUGCACAACCUACAGCCUCCAGUUCAGGACAAAUACAGCUCUUCAAAUUUAGAUUCACAACUACAUGAGCAAGAACGCAUCAUUACCAUAUCAUAUGCACUGGCUUCUGAAGCCUCUCAGCGGAGCAAAGAGGUAGCAGCUCCGCAAUUGAUUUACCCAACUAAAGCACCCUCACCUUCUGUACCUCAACCACUCCCCUUAAGCAAUGGAUUUCACUACACAUUUGUCUAAACACCUUGAAACCAAAGCAGUAACUGAACAGUGAUUCCUGGAAUGUGCCAGUAACAAUCGCAUAAAGAACAAACGCAACCAGAAAGAAGGAAGAGACACCCCCCCCCCAGGCUAGCCUUCUCUCAUAAUUACUCGUAUUUGAACACCUUUUAUAAAUAAGUACAGAGAACAUUUGUACAACAAAAGAGAAAACAGCUUUGUAUCAGAAAAGAAACCAGAUAAAUUAACAGCACUUUUAACAUACUAGAUAAAAAAGUGUUUCUCAACCUUGGUAACCUGCUGGUGGGGGAAUUCUGGUCGUUGAAGUUCACCCAUUGUAUAGUUGCCAAGAUUGAAAAACACCGAUAUAAAAUAUGUGCAAUGGCCAUAAUUCAAGCAUAUGCAGGUCUUGCUGAUGUUCAUUGAUUUUAAAGAUUUGGUGUGCUACAUCAAAUGACAAUACAUUUUUAGAAACAAAGUAUGUAUUAGAUUUGUUGUUGAAAAAGUGCUGCCUACGUUUAAAGAUUGGAUGCAUGCUAUGAAGAUGCAUCAUUAUAUUCUUUGGAUUUUUGUGUUUAGAAAGGAAAAUUUUGAAAAUCGUUUUCCCAUUAGAUAGAUAGAUAUAGUGAGUUUUAAUAUAUAUAUUUUAGAGAGGAUAAUGGCUUUGUGACCACAAUCAGGUGCAAUUUUAUUGAAGUAAUCAACAUUUCAAUAAUUCUGGAUGUCAUACAAAUACGAAAACCAGAUAUAAAAUAUGCAAAAGAUGGCACCAUUUGAAUAAAUUAUAUAAUCUAUUAUAAUUGAGGAUCAUUAUAGACCUCUGUCCUUCAUGACAUCACUAAUCUAGCAACACUGUCCACCUGUUGUAAAAGGAAAUCCAUUUUUUAAAUAUCAUCUUUGAGUUUAGGCAAUGAAAUAUACCUGAUUCAGUCCAAUCCCUAUCCCAAUGUAAAUGCAAUUCUUAUGGCGCAAUUUGUCCUCCAGCACUGAGAUACAUAUGCAUUCAUUCACCACAUUUGUCACAAAGAGGGCAUAAAUUACACACAAAAUCUAUUUUUUUUUUAUAAAAAAGACUUGCGAUGGUACAUCUCUCUGCAUAUUCAGAAGGAAGCUGUUCAUUAUCGAUCCCAUGAGGAAGUGCUCCAUCAAAAGGUCCUGCAUCCACAGUGGGGUCAGAUCACCCACUUUAAAACAAAAUAUCUAAAACAAUUGAUACUAUUAUUAAUAUAACAUUUUAUUCAAAUAUUUAUUUUCUUAAUAUCUAUAUUUUCAAGAGCAGCAAAAAAUGAUUUAUUGACACCUAUUUAUAAUUUGCUAUGUUGAUUUAGUUCUUGGCCCAGGACAAUUAAAAUCUAAAAUAUAAUAUCUCUUUUUGGGUCUUGGGCAAAAGGAGUAAUAAAAGCAGCUAAGGAUUGUUUUUUUUUUUAACUCGUAGGCUUGUGUGUUAUAUUAAAAAUGUGGGCUGACAGCUGUCCAGUAUCUUAUUCACACUAUUGCAGAAGUGAGUUCGGUAUAUUGCAACUUUCUAUUACAACACUCUCUUUUUAUACCAAUUGCAUUAAAAAUAAUCCUAAUCACCCAGAGUAAAGUAAAUAUGGAUUUAAGCCAAGGUAGGCUCACAUUUGGUUUGGAGACAAGAUUGGCCUCUGGAAGACUCUUCCGAUCUGUCAGGGCAGUGACACCCUGAUCCCUUCUUCCAUAUAUAUCUCACUCUUAUGGGGGUAACUGAGGUGCUAUAUCCAUGCAGUAAUAGCAGCAGGGAAAGAGUAGGUUUGCAAGGAUGAUUAUAGGGAAAUGAAGAAAUUUUAGACUCUUUCAUUCCUCCAUUGCAAUAAUUCUGGCACAAGGAAGAUCCCAGAGGGAGAUAGCAGAAACAGCUGCCAAAUACUGGAAUAUUUCCUUGCUAUUAAUAGUACACAUCGGGUCAAUUUUGGAAUGAAAAUUAAUUUCACCCAUACAUAGCAACCCUGGUGAAGAUUGCACAAUAGGUCAUACAAGGAUUAUUGUUCUGUGGCCCAACACUGUCUGUGUGAUGGGAUGUGGACUGAAAUUAGUGAAUUGGUGCAGAGAAAUAUAGCUAUUCACCACAAAAUUACACUGUAGUUUUGCCCAUGUAUAAUAGAAAUUGUUGCCUUAAAACUGGCUUAUAAUAUUACUAUCUCUACAUACAUGCCCUUAGAUUAUUUUUAUUAGAAAAUCUCAGCAUAAAUGAUUGAGAUAUUCAUACUGAUUGCUGUUAUAGAGGUGCAAGUAAAGUUGCAGAAUAUUUUACAUAAAAGAUGAAAUUUGUAGUUUUUCAGCUGGUUACUGCAUGGCUUAGUACAAUGCACAAAUUUAAAGAAAAAAUCCUAAAAUUUACUGUUAAAAAAUACAUUGUGUAUGGAGAACAGAAUUUCACAGGUAGCCAAGAGUCUGUAUUCAUGAUUUUCCAUACAACCUUAUAAGUUUUGAUAACUUGUAUCUAUGUAGAAGGAAUGUAAUAUAAGAGGAGUUUGUAUAUGGAAAAAAGCUAGCUAAGCUAAGAUUUGCAGAGAACUACAUGUUGUCUUUCAUUUGAUGUUUGUUCUUUGAACAGGCACACACUACAUAGCAAACUAAUUUUGAGAGUUUGAGGUACUUUAAAAAUCUCUUUGUGAUGUUGCCUUGCAGCUACCGUUCAAUGAAGAAAUCUUUCUAGAAGAAUAAAACACUUUCUGUAUUACAGUCCAUACCUUUUAUAUAUUUACUUGUAAAAGUGAGUCCCAAUUAUUUGUUUCAGAUUAGAAUGGAAUUAUUAAAACAGAUAUGGAAAAUUCAAAUAUCCAAGAAUACUCAAAUACUAAUACUCAAUAAAUACCUUGAGAAACACAUACAGCUCCAUGUAAAGAAUAGACUAAUUUAAUUUAAACCAGGUUAAAAUGAAGUAGCAUUAUCUCAUUUUGACAUUUGUACAAGUCAAUGAUUGUUUUCUAUGUUUAGACAAAAUUCUCCACCCACCCCAAGUGAUAACAUAAAUAAUUUUUCCUACAGCAAAAUUGACUCUCAAAAAAUUCAUAAGAAUGAGGUUAACUUUUCCCUUAGGCUUAUAUUUAUUAAUUGUGUUUGUUGAAAUCUCACACUGCAUUGCUAAUUCUUUCCUUCAAGUUGGUCAAGAAUAUGUAAUUGGACAUAUUUAUUCUAGCAACUAAAGAAUUACAAAAAGAGAAACACUUGUUUUUGUUUUCCUUUCCUUCAUUAAGCUAAGAGCUACAAUUUCUACCUGACUGUAUCUUUUAUCUAACAGUAACUGGAUUGAAAAAUAUUUUUUGAAUUUGUUUUCUAUUUUGACUAUAUUUGGAAACUAUUCUUGAUAAAUGUAUUUAGAAAAUACAAUAUAUUUUAAUUGAAUACUGCCAGUGUCAAGCAUGUAACUUUUUGUCAAAAUGAUAUUUUUAUUUUUUUUCUUUAUUAAAAUGUUGAAAUAUUUUGCAAGAAAAUUUUAAUUUAAAUGAAAUGUAACAAUUUGGAGACAAUAUAUAUGUACAUAUUAAACUAUUAA